AUGUCUGCUGCUAUCCACGAGCACGAACAUGUCGCCAUUUUCUGGGAUUACGAGAACUGCUCACCGCCCUCAACGGCUCCCGGGUAUGAUAUCAUGAAUAACAUACGAGAAAUUGCGCAUAGAUUCGGAAGCGUGAAACAGUUCAAGGCCUACCUCGAACUGUCUGAGCAGUCUUCGCCAAAGUCUAUGAACCUGCGGUCCGAGCUCCAAUCUUGUGGAGUUUCGCUAACAGACUGCCCACACAAUGGCCGUAAAGAGGUCGCGGACAAGAUGAUGAUGGUCGACAUGCUAACAUAUGCGAUCGACACUCCUGCACCAGCCACUCUUCUCCUCAUCACAGGCGACCGCGACUUUGUGUACGCUGUGUCAGUUCUUCGACUGCGGAGGUAUCGCGUAGUUCUCGUGGCUCCCAACGCGACGCAUGCUAGCCUCAAGUCCCAAGCAUCCGAAGUCCUUGACUGGGAUUGCGAUAUUCUCGGAAAGGCAGGCAAGGACGCACACUCAACUACUGAUGACUCAGGGCUGCUGAUACCAGGGCCCGGCGUCGACUUGCACCGUAGGACGCAAUCGGCCAGCGUGUUAAUCGGCCAGACCUCGCAGUCUGGUGUGCGAAACCCUCGUCGUCUAUCCUUCCGAGAGAAUUUGAGCGGAGCGACUCUGACGUCUGAGCAGGAGAGCGGUCGUACACAUUCUACUUUUGUGGAUCGUGGCACGAGCCCGCGAUUCGCGAGCAGGACUGUCGACGUGCCGAGAUCUGCCCCACAAACGCCUGUUCGUUCGUCCGGAUGCCUUCUCAUCCCUGGAUCUAAGACUGUGGAAACGAGGGAAAUAAAGGAGACGAUUUUGGAGGAUACAGAGCCGAUUCCAGACCUCAACGUACAUUUGAAGAAUUUCCAGGAACGAUCUCUGGACGUUUCGUCCAUAUCCGGAUCGAGCUUGUCCCUUCCCUCUACCCCUAGUAUAACCGGACAGAAUGAGACCCCCGUGGUGUUGCAGCCUCUUGCUGACACCCCGCAGAACGUCACAUCGGUAAAGGAUGCUCCCGCAUUCCUGACGUCGCCCGCUGCACACGGCAACUGCUCGUCCCCCGCACUAGCAACGUCCACGCCCCUCACCUUAUCAACCACUCCAAGCCCUGCUCUGAAUCAGGUUCAAGAGCCCUCCAGGGAGCCACCCGCUGGGAUUGAGUUGCCUGCCAGGUCAGUCCAUGAGGUUGCCAGUACCAAAACCGUCAGUCCCAACUCGACUCGCGGGACAUCAGAGAUAUCUCCGACAGUACUGAAAGACGACUCGUCCUCGCUGGUUGGGAGCGUUUCGUCUUUGCCAUUGAAACCGCCAAUGUUGUCCCCUGGAUGGUCUAUCGCUACCCAACCCGCACCUGUGCAGUUGACACUGCCGUCGCAGAAUACACCAAUUACACAGGGGAGCAACGCAAACGGCGCUGGGUUGCCAAUGGCUCCGAAGCCCAUCGCUGUACCAGUCGACCCUCCGGCUCCUACUACCACUGCUCCCAGACCGACUUCCAUACCGGCUCAUUCUCAGCCAGGCGCUCCUGAGUGCUCUGGUCCAUCUGUGAAGGUGGUGGUCGGCGUCUCGCCACCUCCGCAGGCAACAGCUUCAUGUGGUGACAGUUCGGCUCUUCCAGUGCAGUCCGAGUCUUCUUCAGAGCUAUCUACUGUCCACGUUCUACGCUCUGUCGAUAAGCCCAGCAUCUCGCAGCCUGGCCCUCCAAACACCUCUGAUCCUUCUGUCGUUUCUCCUGCUAUUCCUUCGGCCGCACCAACACCACCUCCUGUGCAAGUUCUUUCCCCUGUUCCUGCUCACUACAAUGUCCUCCUUGUAGUGCUCGAGAGAUGCAGGAUGAUCGGAAAUCUCCAGCCUUCGCGGCAUAAUGUUGCGAUGAUGCUGAUGAAGGAAGAUCCGGACGCUUACAAGCGCGCUGGGUUUAAGAAGUUCAAACAGUAUACAACAUAUGCGCAGAGUAUUGGGAUGGUGACACUCGGCGGUGCGCAGGCGUCCGCGUGGAUGUCGUUGUCGCCCAGUUGGUAUGGCAAGGCUGUCGGUGUGUGA